AUGCACAGUGAUAUACGUUCAAUCACUAGAAAGUUUCUCUCCAUUCUGUUGCUUUUUACGGUUUUUCAUGUUUCGUUCGCUGGUAAUAUCACCCCAAAAGCAUGCCUUACUGGAAAAAUAAUUCAGCCAGGUGCUACUGUCGAAUUCUACGAAUAUCCACUUGGUGAUAUUGUAGAUAUCAAUAGCCCAGACUUCCCCAUCAGUGGUUAUAAGAAAUUUCGUUAUGUUGGUGAAAUCAAAGGUGUCACAAAUCUUAACUGGGAUUCCGGUUGGCCUGCAAUUGUGCCCCCAUAUGGUUAUACGGGAGUGCCCAUCACACACUUUACGAUGGUGGCCACUGGUUACUUUGUUGCCCCAUUUACUGGUAUUUACACUAUGUCCCUAGAAGUGGACGAUUAUGCCGCUUUUUUCUUUGGUGCCGGUGCAGCAUUUGAUUGCUGCAACCGAACAUCAACCUUCUCCUCUGAUGAUGUUAUGUUCAAACUUACUUCGAGUGAAGGUGGUAGGUUAGGGGGAGGUGGCCAUAAGGUGUAUCUGGAGGCUGGGUAUUCCUAUCCAUUUAAAGCUGUUUAUACUAACGUGAAACAAAGAGGUAUCCUUAAAGUAGCUAUCCAUCUACCUGGUGGUAUUAUUAUCACUGAUUUCGGUGAUGCUCUAUACUCGUACGCGGAAGAUGAUGAAGAGCGGGAGGAGUUCUGUUCCGCACUUACCGUUAGUCAUCCUUCUACAACCAUUUUCAAUACUCGGUACGAGAUGACUGUUCAAUCUUAUGUUAGAGAUUUGCCUACACCUAGCACUGUUACUACCAUCACUACGACAGAUUGGUUCAAUAAGGACGACGCACAGGUAAACAUCAUUACAGUUGUUAAUCAGCCAAUGCAAACACUGUAUCAGACAGGUUGGGGAUUUGCAUCGGCUACCUACACGGUCCAAAUCGGCGUCUAUGAGAACAACGGUAUUACAUCUCAAGCCAUGGCUGUGAACAUAUUUAGGCCGUAUCCAGCCACUUUCUACACCACUACUACUGGAGAUGUUACGGCCCCGACUACAACUACCUCUCAUACUAUAGUCUAUAACUACAACAAUGAUUAUAGUCUUACUCAAGAGUUUAAUGAGGCUGUUAUAAUAGUGAUUGAGCCACCACCAUCCACCACCUAUACUACCACUUCUGCUCCAGUUUUUUUCCUAACAACCACUACUUACACCACUACUACCACUGAUAGCAAUGGCUCUUCAUCUGAGGAAGUUGUUGUGGUAGUGAUCACCCCAGCUCCAAUGACCUCCUACACUACGACUACCGCAGAUGUCAAAGUUCCAAUUACAUCUACUUACACAACCACAGUUAUGGACAAUUUCGGUGCAUCUUCUCCAGAAGUUGUUGUUGUUGUGGUCACCCCAUCCCCAUCUACCUCCUACACCACUACUACUGCAGAUGUCAGAGCUCUAACUACAACCACAUAUACCACAGUAAUUGACCACGAUGGUUCAUCUUCUCCAGAAGUUGUUGUUGUUGUGGUCACCCCAUCCCCAUCCACCACCUACACUACUACUACUGCAGAUGUCACAGUUCCAACUACAACCACCUACACCACCACACUUGUUGAUGGCGACGGUUCAUCUUCUCCAGAGGUUGUUGUGGUAGUGAUCACUCCAUCCCCAUCCACAACCUACACUACUAUUGCUGCAAGCAUUUCUGCCCCAACCACAACCACCUAUACUACUAUCGUCACUGACAGUAACGGUUCUUCAUCUCCAGAAGUUGUUGUUGUAGUGGCCACUCCAAUACCAAGUGCGGUCACAUCGUUCGUUGCAGGCAUGGUUGAUUCAACCACUGUUCUUUUCACCCUCACCUCCUACACCACCAACUCCAAGGGUAGCAGCACUCCAAUUGACAUAGUAAUUGUUGAGACUCCAAUGCCAACUGCUAUGAUCUCACAUGCUCCAACGAUGAUUGGAUCUGCCUCUGAUGACUCCACCACCAACCCCAGGGGCAGCAGCACUCCAAUGGACGAUGUAAGCGUUAAGACCCCAAUGGCAAGUGUAAUUACAUCAUUCGUUGCAGGUAUGAUUGAUUCGACUGAUGUUCUCUUCACCCUCACAUCUUACACUACGAACUCCAAGGGUAGCAGCACCCACAUUGACAUUGUGAUUGUAGAAACACCAAUGCCAACCGCUCUGAUCUCGCAUGCUCCAAGCAUGAUCACCUCCUAUGUUCCAGGCAUGGUUGGUUCUGCUUCUGUUCUAUCCACCUCCACCUUGUACACCACCAACUACAACGGCAGCAGCACCCACAUUGGUGUUGUGAUUGUUGAGACCCCAAUGCCAAGUGUCAUUACUUCCUAUGUUCCAGGCAUGGUUGGUUCUGCUUCUGUUCUAUCCACCUCCACCCUGUACACCACCAACUACAACGGCAGCAGCACUCAUAUUGGUGUUGUGAUUGUUGAGACCCCAAUGCCAUCUGUGAUCACCUCCUAUGUUCCAGGCAUGGUUGGUUCUGCUUCUGUGCUAUCCACCUCCACCCUGUACACCACCAACUACAACGGCAGCAGCACCCACAUUGGUGUUGUGAUUGUUGAGACCCCAAUGCCAAGUGUCAUUACCUCCUAUGUUCCAGGCAUGGUUGGCUCUGCUUCUGUUCUAUCCACCUCCACCUUGUACACCACCAACUACAACGGCAGCAGCACCCACAUUGGUGUUGUGAUUGUUGAGACCCCAAUGCCAUCUGUGAUCACCUCCUAUGUUCCAGGCAUGGUUGGUUCUGCUUCUGUUCUAUCCACCUCCACCUUGUACACCACCAACUACAACGGCAGCAGCACCCACAUUGGUGUUGUGAUUGUUGAGACCCCAAUGCCAUCUGUGAUCACCUCCUAUGUUCCAGGCAUGGUUGGUUCUGCUUCUGUUCUAUCCACCUCCACCCUGUACACCACCAACUACAACGGCAGCAGCACCCACAUUGGUGUUGUGAUUGUUGAGACCCCAAUGCCAUCUGUGAUCACCUCCUAUGUUCCAGGCAUGGUUGGUUCUGCUUCUGUGUCUAUCCACCUCCACCCUGUACACCACCAACUACAACGGCAGCAGCACCCACAUUGGUGUUGUGAUUGUUGA